AUGGCGUCAAGUGCUCUGAGAAAAAGGAUGAGUCCUAAGCCAAAGCUGACUGAAGCGCAGAAACAGGAAACCCGGGGAGCUUUUGAUCUCUUUGGUGCAGAUGGGACUGGGACCAUCGAUAUAAAGGAACUAAAGGUGACAAUGAGAGCCCCGGGCUUUAUGCCCAAGAAACAAGAAAUCAAGAAAAUGAUAAGCGAGAUUGAUAAGGAGGGGACAGGCAAAAUUAACUUCAGUGACUUUCUGACCAUGAUGACUCAAGAAAUAUCUGAGAAAGAUAUCAAGGAAGAAAUCCUGAAAGCUUUCAGGCUCUUCGAUGAUAAUGAAACUGGGACAAUAUCGUUCAGAGAUCUGAAGCGUGCAGCCAAGGAGCUGGGUGAGAACCUGACCGAUGAGGAGCUUCAGGAGACGAAGUGA